GGCGGGCCCAGCGCGGCGGGUUCGAAUCCCGGCGCCGCCGCCCCCGCCAUGAACUUCUCGGAGCUGUUCGAGCUCUCGGGGCUCCUGGGCCGCUUCUCCCCCGACGGGAAGUGCCUGGCCUCGUGUGUCCAGCACCGCUUGGUGGUCCGGGAUGUGAGUUCCCUCCAGGUCUGCCAGCUCUACACCUGCCUGGAUAAGAUCCAGUACAUCGAGUGGUCAUCGGACUCCCUGUUCAUCCUGUGUGCCAUGUACAAGCGAGGGAUUGUCCAGGUCUGGUCCCUGGAGCAGCCGGACUGGCACUGUAAGAUCGACGAGGGCUCGGCGGGAUUGGUGGCUUCCUGCUGGAGUCCGGACGGGCGUCACAUCCUCAACACCACCGAGUUCCAUUGCUCCCUGUCUCUCUGCCAGCUGCGGAUAACGGUGUGGUCCUUGUGCACCAAGUCUGUGUCCUACAUCAAGUACCCCAAAGCGUGUCAGCAGGGGGUGGUUUUCACCAAGGACGGGCGUUACAUGGCCGUGGCAGAGCGCCGCGACUGCAAGGACUUCAUCAGCAUCUUCGUGUGCAGCAACUGGCAGCUCCUCAGGCAUUUUGACACUGAAACACAGGAUCUGUUUGGGAUUGAGUGGGCUCCUAAUGGCUGUGUGCUGGCAGCGUGGGACUCAUGCCUGGAGUACAAGCUCCUGCUGUACUCCCUCGAUGGCAGACUGCUCUCCUCCUACCGCGCCUACGAGUGGCCUCUGGGCAUCAAGUCGGUUGCCUGGAGCCCCAGCAGCCAGUUCCUGGCAAUUGGCAGCUUUGAUGAGAAGGUGCGUAUCUUGAACCACGUGACGUGGAAGAAGAUCACAGAGUUUGAGCAUCCAGCAACCAUUGCCAGCAAAAAGACUAUUGUGUACAAAGAAGUGGAGAAAUCCCCAUCUGUUGAAACAGAGAGACUUUCUUUCCCUCCAACAAAAGCAUUGGCCAGUUCUCUCUUCAGCACACAGAGUAAAUAUGAGAUCUCCCAGGUGCCAGUUUCUUUACAGUAUAUCAAACCAGUUGCUGACAGGGCAAAUCCCAAAGUGGGAGUUGGGAUGUUGGCGUUCAGUGCAGAUAAUUGUUUCCUGGCAACCAAAAAUGACAGCAUUCCCAACGCUGUGUGGGUCUGGGACAUCCGGAGGCUGAAGCUGUUGGUGGUGCUGGAGCAGCUGUGCCCCAUCCAGGGUUUCCAGUGGGACCCUCGGCAGCCGCGCCUGGCGCUGUGCACGGGCACCAGCAGAGUGUUCCUGUGGUCCCCCGCCGGCUGCGUGGCCGUCCAGGUGCCCGGGGAAGGCGACUUCCAGAUCGUGUCUCUCUCCUGGCAUUCCAGCGGGGACUCCAUGGUGCUCCUGAGUAAGGACAACUGCUGUGUGUGUUACUUAGAAAGAGAAGAGGUAAAAUAAAAAAAUUAAAAUGCACUAAGAAUGCUCCCAAGUCUGAGGAAGGAGGAGGAAAAGGGUAAAAAUGUGUUGCCCAAUCUGAAGUGUUUGUAUUUAUAAAUUAUUUAUUUAAA